ACCUUUCCUCUCACUUUUCUUACACCAACAAUUCUUCUUCAAAAGUUUUCAUAAAGACCAUCCAUGUCUGAAUCCUGCGUGCGUUUGCAUUUUCUCUCGCUAAUCUUGCUCUGUUGUGUCUCCCAUUCAACGAGCUUCUUCACUUUCAAAGUCGAUUCUAGUAGUUAUGUUGCUUGUGGUCCCCAUCAGACUCAAGCUCUCACUGAGUUCAUGAACGAGUUUGAUAGCAGCCACUGCAACCUCAGUGAUCCCUUUAACGGAGUCUGGUGCGAUAACUCGACCGGUGCAGUCACAAAGCUACGACUCAGCGACUGUCUCAGUGGAACUCUAAAGCCCAACAGUAGCCUAUUCAGGUUACAUCAUCUUCGUUACCUUUUUCUAAGUGGAAACAACUUCACCUCAUCUACCCUUCCAUUUGAAUUUGGCAAUCUCAACAGGUUAGAGAUUUUAAAUCUUUGCUAUAACGGCUUCGUCGGCCAAGUUCCUUCCUCAUUUAAUAACCUAAGCCUUCUUUCAUAUUUAGAACUUUCCCAAAAUGAGCUCACCGGUAGUUUCCCACUCAUACGGAAUCUAACAAAGCUCUCGGUUUUAAGCCUUCUUAAUAAUCAUUUCUCCUGAACUCUGAAUCCCAACAGUAGUAGCCUGUUUGAGUUGCACCACCUCAGUUACCUUGAUCUAGGUUCCAACAACUUCAGCUCAUCACUCCCUUCUGAAUUUGGAAAUCUCAACAGACUAGAAUUCUUGGAUCUUUCGACCAAUGACUUUUUCGGGAAAGUUCCUCCCACAAUUAGUAACCUAACCUCGUUAACCGAAUUAUACCUUCAAAACAACCAGCUCACUGGUAGUUUCCCACUGGUACAAAAUCUUACCAUGCUUGUUGUUCUAAAUCUUGUUGGUAACCACUUCUCUGGAACCAUUCCUUCUUCUCUCACCACUAUGCCUUUCUUAUCACAUCUCGAUCUGAGAGUAAAUGAUCUCACCGGAUCUAUUGAGUUUCCUAACUCCUCUACCCCAUCUAGGCUCGAGUACUUGUACCUUGGGAAUAACCAUUUUGAAGGAAAAAUCAUAGAGCCUAUCUCAAAACUCAUCAACCUCACACAUUUAGACCUAUCUUUCCUUAACACAAGCUAUCCAGUUGACUUCAGACUCUUCUCCUCACUAAAAUCUUUGCUGCACCUUGAUCUUUCCGGUAAUAGUAUAUCUCCAGCCAGUUUAGGUUCAAAGUCAGACAUCUCAAUAGACUUGGAGAUUUUGUUGUUACGAGGUUGCGGCAUCAAAGAGUUCCCAAACAUCUUAAAGAACCUUGAGAAGUUGGAGAAUAUAGACAUUUCAGGAAAUAUGAUCAAAGGGAAAGUCCCUGAGUGGUUAUGGAAGCUUCCUCGUCUAAACACAGUGUUUCUUUCAAAUAAUUCGUUUAAUGGUUUUGAAGGUCCAGUGGAUGUUUUGGUAAAUUCAUCGGUGAAGACUUUAUUUAUGGAGCAGAACUAUUUUGAAGGAGCAAUUCCUCUCCUACCACUCUAUAUAACCGACUUCUCUGCGUUGGACAAUAGAUUCACAGGGAGCAUACCUCUUUCAGUUUGCAAUUAUAGGUCUCUGAUGCUUUUGAGGCUACCUUACAACAAACUCACGGGUCCAAUCCCUCAAUGCUUGAGUAACUUGACGUUUGUGAAUCUACGGAAGAACAACUUGGAAGGAAGUAUUCCUGACGCCUUUUAUAAGAGUUCUUCUCUACGAUCACUCGAUGUUGGAUACAAUCGAUUAACCGGGAAACUUCCAAGAUCUCUUCAGAAUUGCUCAUCUCUAGAUUUUCUAGUUGUUGACCACAACCGAAUCAAAGACAAGUUUCCUUUCUGGCUCAAGUCUUUACCAAAUUUGAAAGUCCUUGUCCUCAGUUCAAACAGAUUCUAUGGCUCUAUAUCUCCUCCUCCUGGUCAAGGUCUUCUCGGGUUUCCAGAGCUGCACAUAUUUGAGAUAUCUGAUAAUAAGUUUACUGGAAGCUUGCCACCAACAUACUUUGUCAAUUGGAAAGCAACCUAUGAAGAUGGUAGUCUAUAUAUGGUACACAUAAAAAAUACUUCCGGGAGACUGUGCUAUACAUAUACAGAAGCUAUAGAUUUGCAAUACAAAGGUUUAUUGAUGGAGCAAAAGUUUGUACUUACUUCUUAUGCCACCAUCGAUUUUUCUGGGAAUAGAAUUGAAGGACAGAUUCCUGAAUCCAUUGGUCUCUUGAAAGCGCUGAUUGCACUCAACUUUUCCAACAACGCCUUCACAGGCCGUAUUCCUCUGUCUCUCUCCAAUCUGGGAAAGCUCGAGUCACUAGACCUAUCAAGCAACCACCUCUCAGGUACUAUUCCUAAUGGACUUGGAAGCCUCUCGUUUUUGGAGUACAUAAAUGUGUCUCACAACCAGCUCAAGGGUGAAAUACCACAAGGAACACAGAUUACCGGGCAAGCUAAAUCUUCAUUCGAAGGGAAUUCAGGGCUUUGUGGUCUUCCUCUCCAGGAAACUUGCUUUGGGACUAAUGUCCCACCAACACAAGAACCUCCGGAAGAAGACCAAGACCAAGUACAAGUGUUGAACUGGAAAGCUGUAGUUAUUGCCUAUGGACCUGGACUGUUACUUGGAUUGGUAAUAGCACAUGUCAUGGCUUCAUACAAACCUGAGUGGCUGAUCAAGAUAAUUGGCCCGAAUAAGCGCAGAAACCAUUAGGAUUAUGUAUGUCUAGUGGUUGAGUACUCGUGUCGUGUAUGUAAGCAUUUCCUUAUUGUUAUAUCAUUAUCUGUUGGCUUUGUUUUAUUUCGCUUUUUUUUUAAUAAAUCGUGUGAAGUCUCUUCUAUA